UCAAGUUCGCUUUGUUCAUACAUGGUGGCUGCUGCUGUCGGAGCCGACAUAGGGCAUUCGGUAAUCGGAUACCUGCAGCAUCUGGAGAGGACUUUGGAUAUGCUAUGCCCGAGGUUGAGGCCAUGUACUACUACCAUGAAGUGUGACAUUCAGCUGGCUAAGGCUUACUCUUGUUCCGUGGACGAAGUGAGGAAAGCGGCUGACCAAGUGAAGAGCAGCUUAGAUGAGACUUCACGGAAGUGUGAUGUAUGUGAGGGACCCAUCACUGGCUGCUUUGAUUCCUGGAAACCGGAAAUGGCUGACUCGAGACACAUCCUAGUGGAUUGGGUUACUGACUGUGCUAAGCAUAAGACGUACCCCGCUGGCAAGUGUCGGGUAUUAUGCGGGAAGUGUUCACUACUCUCCGAUCUGGGUGCGCUUGGCCACCUUUCCGCGAUUGCUGGUGAUGAAGCCGCUCUUUGCGAAGUGGCAGCCCACCACAACAGGCUCAAUGGUACUAAAGGUGACAUUAGCAAUGUCCUUGCUACUGCUACGGCACUAUUCGUAUUACGGAGAGAGAUAGAGCCCCAGGUAAGGGCAGUGAAGGCCAAGGAUAUGGAUACGAUUCCUGAAGUCUUGUUCAUUAAAGGUCCUGAAAGCAAAGUAUUGUCCAAACCACGUAGUAAAAAGAGCAAGCACUGCAAGAAUAGUACUGCUUGAGAACGUUUCGAACCUUGAA